AGUUCUUUGUUCCCCAUCUAGAAACAUCAGCAGCGUCUCAACAUGGCGAAUAAUAGCACAGGCUAAUAACGAGCUAGCGUCUCUCCCCCUCUCACCUGCCGUUAAAAUCCGAAGAAUAGUAUGCAGCAGCCUUUGAAAGUAUCCCAGAAAGAGUUUAAAUAAUGGAAACGCGGGGGAUUGAGCAGAUGUUCGACUUCCAGCGGUUUGUCUUUCUGAUCUCUGAGUAACUCAAACAUGACAGCAGAAAUGAAGCACUGGUUACCAAAUGAUCGCUUCAUCCUGCUGUUGUUGUUGCUGUACUCCCCUGUCGGCGUGUGUUUGAUGCUACUGCGAAUAUUUAUUGGUGUCCAUGUGUUUCUAGUGAGUUGUGCACUACCUGACAGUAUUGUCAGAAGGUUCAUAGUGAGAAUAAUGUGUUCAGUGUUGGGUCUGCAUGUCCGGCAGAACAGUCCACGCUUACGGGACAAAACCGGCCAACUUUACAUCUGCAAUCACGUUACACAUUUCGACCACAAUAUUAUCAACCUUCUUACCUCCUGUAACACGCCACUGCUGGAGGGCCCUGUGGGGUUCCUGUGCUGGGCGAGAGGUUUUAUGGAGCUGGGUCAGGGUGUACAGAGCAGUGCGGAGCUGACAGAGACUCUCCGCAGGUAUUGCUCAUCUCCUGCCGCUUUACCCCUCCUGCUUUUUCCAGAGGAGGACACCACCAACGGCCGAAACGGCCUCCUUAAGUUCAGCUCUUGGCCUUUCGCUGUGUCUGACACCAUCCAGCCUGUGGCAUUGCUGGUGAAGAGGCCUUUCAUAGCUGUGAACACACCAGAAUCCUCAUGGCUGACAGAGCUGCUGUGGACCUUUUUUGCACCGUUCACAGUGUACCAUGUAAGAUGGCUUCCACCACUGUCUAAAGAAGAUGGUGAAUCCCAUCAAGAAUUUGCCAGCAAAGUACAAGAGCUGCUGGCCACCGAGCUGGGCGUGAUCUCCACACAGAUCACUAAAGCAGACAAAGCCGAGCACAUCAAAAGGAAAAGACACACUGCCGCUCAGACUGCACAUUCAAGUAAGAAUGGAUUCAAUGAUUUAAGUGCCAGACCUCGCACAGUGGCACAGGGUUUCCUGGGCACAAAUGCAGGAGCUGAAGACACACGAGUAGCACGUAUGGCGCAGCAGGUGAAAGAGGUGCUGCCUGACGUCCCGUUAUCGGUCAUCACCAGAGACUUGUUGCAGACCAACUGUGUGGACACAACCAUAACCAACCUGCUGGAGAAUACUGACCAGUUCACCUCGGAGGCGGCUGUGGGCACACCUUCAGGUCCAGCUAAACAAGCAGCUUCUUCCACUCCGUCUGUAACAGAAUCCACACCCAAUUUGAAGCCAGCUGCCAAAUCUUUUGGGAGAACACCCAUAGACAGACACAUGUCUCUACAGGAAAGAAAAGAAGCCUUCUACGAAUAUGCAAGAAGACGAUACAUUGAAAAACAUGGACUGAACAAACAGGACGAUCUAUGACCGUAGACAAAGACACACCUGAGGAAUUGUUUAGGAAAGACAGCUGCUUAACACAAAAUCCACAUAGACAAAGAAGAAAUUAUAGAGUUGACCCAGAAUGAAACAACAUUUGAGUUCACCAAACAUGCCGAGAGAAGACUGGAUUUUUUCCUUUCUUGUUUUUGUUUCUUUGUAAAUGUUCUUGCAUGGCAAUCAUGCAUGUCUUUUUAUUAUUUCUCUCUGCAACAGAAAACAAUUAUUUUGGUAAACAAUUUGUAUUAAGACCCAGUGACCUUGGCACACUUCAUAUUAUUUUUAUAUGGUCCUUGGGUAGAGAAUAGGGGAUCAGAAACAUAUGACAGUGAGCUAAAACACAACUUGAGGUUCAUUAUGUUGUCAAGGAUACAUGUUGAUGCAAUAUCAGCUUUUAAAGACAUUAAAAAUCAUAUAGAAA